AUGGCCGGUGAAGCACAGCCCAGCUACCUCGUUGGCAAGACAUUAGCGACCGGCGAAUGGGGCCACACCUCCAUCACCCCGCUGUGGGUGCCAGUGCUGGUGUUUGCGCACUUGUAUGCUGCAUUCUGGCUCUACCGCGCUUGGCGCCUGAACGCGCCGCCCGCCAAGAAGCACGUGUGCUGGGCGCGCACCGCGUUUGAGGAGCACAUCUCCAAGCGGGCGGCGGACAAAAGCGGCGGCCGCACCGUGCCAAAGGCCGAGCCAGCGACCCCCGCCCUGGCCGGCGCCGCGGCCGGCGCCUCCGCCCGCGGCCGCCCCGCCACCACCCUCGAGUGGCGCGGCCUCGGCUGCAGCUACUCGACUGCGGCGGGCCCCAAGGUCGUGCUGGAUGACGUGUGGGGCGUCGCGCGGCCGGGGGAGAUGCAGGCGCUGCUGGGGCCGUCGGGCGCGGGCAAGUCGACGCUGAUGGACAUCCUCGCGAUGCGCAAGAGCCUGGGGGCGCUGUCGGGGCGCCUGCUUGUGGGGGGCGCGCCCGCCACCAAGGGGUUUGUGAGGCGGACGGCGUACGUGCCCCAGGAGGACAACUUUGUGCCGACCAUGACGGCGUGGGAGACCCUCACAUUUUACGCAGAGGACCGCGUCGAGGGCAGCGCUGAAGGUAGAAACGUGCUGCAUUGA